AUGGGCAAAGAGCGUUCAACAAAAAAGGAAAGACACAAUCCUCUUCACGUCCAACUAGCAGAGGAUGAAACGGUCAAAAGAAAGCAUCCGAGAGCAAAAUUCGUUACGCGCAACCAGCAAAAGAAUAAAGAAGAUGAAUUCGUUGAUCCAAAUUUGUCUCGUAAGAUUCUUCAAAUUGCUAGAGAACAGCAGGAAGAGCUUGAGGUUGAGACAGGGACGCACAAAGAACAAAUGACAUAUGAUCAGAACGCACUGUUUUCUUCCUUGAUGAACGAUGAAAGCGAUCAAGAUGAUGUCUCAGAGGAUAGCGAUGAUUACGACCACGAAGAAUUAGAAAUCGAUGAAACGGAUCAGGAGAUCCUCGAUAAAUUUCUACCGAGCGCACCAAAAGCGAGGAAGACCCUCGCGGACAUUAUCAUGGAAAAGAUCGAGUCCCAGAAUAUGAACAAGUCAGCAUCAGAAGGUUUAAAAAUAUCUUUUUUCUUUAUGGCAUUUGAUAGCUUUCAAAGGUUAUUUCUUAAAAAGAAUUGUUAUGUGGAUGCAGAAGAAAAGCUUCGAUCGUUGUCAAUAAACCCCAAAGUGGUUGAAGUCUACUCAAAGUAUGUCUCACCUUGGGAAGGAUAUAUUGUUUCGGUUGAAUUGUUGGCCUCACGUUACCCUUUGGACUUAUUAGAGUUGGGACAUUACUGA